AUGGUCCAUGUGUGCCUCUACGUGCCGAACCUGAUCGGCUAUGCGCGCAUCGUGCUGCUCUUCGUCUGCUAUGCGGUCGCGCGCGCGCCGGCGCUCCGCGACUGGAAGCUGGCCGCAUCCUGCUACAUGCUGAGCUUCGCGGGCGACCUCUUCGACGGCUGGGCCGCGCGCAAGUUCGACCAGACGUCGCAGUUCGGCUACGUUUUGGACAUGGUCACGGAUCGCUGCGCGACGACGGGCCUCAUCUCCAUCCUCUGCGGCCUCUACCCGAAGUGGAUCCCGUCGCUCCUCUUCUGCCAGAUGCUGGACCUCGGGAGCCACUGGUACCACAUGUACUCGACGUCCACGGAGCGCGGGCACCACAAGUCGAAGGAGGCGCUCGCGGAGCGCAACGUCGUCCUCCGCAUGUACUACGGGUCCUACCCGCUCUUCGCGUACCUCUGCGUCGGCGCCGAGUUCUUCUGGAUCGCGCUCUACGUGCUCCACUACGCGCCGGACUUUGGCGUCGGGCCCCUCAGGCUCGCGUUCGUCUGCCGCUACGGCUUCGCGCCGGCCAUGGCGCUCAAGAGCGUCGUCAACCUCGCGCAGUUCGGCUCCGCGGCCGAGAACCUGGCCCUGCGCGACAUGGAGAAGCAGGGCAAGAAACGCAACUAG